AUGGGCCCUUCAAUUCUCCCUUUUAGGGAUGUCAACCUUCAUGCAUCGCCAUCUCACUAUGCGUUCACCUCCCCCUCUUCUCCCCAGGCGCCAACACUUGUUGUGGACCGACCGACUGGUGAUAUCCGUCUCAACGAUGGCCCUCUCUCGGGUGCAAAGCGGAUCUCUAGCAUUUCUGGAAUCCUGGGGAUCAUCAAGCUGAAGCUAGACAAAUACAUCAUUGUCAUCACCAAAGCUCAGCCCAUGGGUCGAAUUCGUGGACAUAUGGUGUAUAAAGUGGCCUCAACAGAGUUUCUACCCAUGCGCGAACGCCCGUUACACGAUACCGAUGAAGAUACCUACCUUGCGCUGAUCAAGAAUCUCAUUCGCACCGGCCCCAUGUACUUCUCCUACUCCUUAGACCUUACGAACAGCUUCCAACGUCAAUCACAAGGUGCCGCGGACUUGCCGAUGUGGAAGCGCGCCGAUGAUCGUUUCUUCUGGAACCGCUUCAUCCAGUCGGAUUUAAUUGACUUCAGCCUGGGAGAGAACGAUACCAGCGGAAUUCGGUAUGGCCCUCAGCCUGGCGCCGACCCCUACAUCCUUCCUGUCAUGUUUGGUAUGCUACGUAUCACGCCCGCUCGAGUCAAGUCCACUUCUUUCACAUUUGCGCUUAUUACUCGCCGGUCCAGACACCGGGCGGGAACACGUUACUUCUCCCGUGGAAUUGAUGAGGAAGGCCACGUUUCAAACUACAACGAGACGGAGCAAAUCGUGGUUCUCAAUGAUGUAACUGGUGGAUUGUCCGGUUUUGCUGGCGGGCAACCCAUGUCCAAUGGGAAGACAGGGCAGGACCUUCAGGUGUACUCUUUCGUGCAGACCCGUGGCAGUGUUCCUGUAUUCUGGGCCGAGGUCAACAACCUAAAAUACACGCCGAAGCUUCAAGUCCGAGGCGUAGAUACUGCCGUUGAGGCCGCGAAAAAGCAUUUCUCAGAACAAAUUCGUCUCUAUGGAGAGAACUAUCUGGUCAAUCUUGUGAACCAGAAAGGUCGGGAGGAACGCGUCAAGAAUGCAUACGAACAAAUGGUUCACACCCUCAUAUCAUCAUCUAACGAAAGUACCACAUCUGACGAGAGAACAUCCGAAAAGAUUCGUUCAUUAGAACCAGGUCUGAAGCAGAAGGAGAUGGAUCGUUUGCACUACGUCUAUUUUGACUUCCAUAACGAGACUAAAGGCCUCAAAUGGCAUCGUGCUGAGCUCUUGAUGGGCCGUUUAUCAGAUGGUCUGGCGCAAGGUGGAUACUUCCGUGGGGUAGAAGCCCCAGGUGCACCGGGCGGACAAUUGGAUAUUCGAUCAACGCAAACAAGUGUCGUCCGUACUAAUUGCAUGGAUUGCCUUGACCGAACCAACGUUGUGCAGAGUAUGCUUGGUCGCUGGGCUGUAACUCGACAAUUGACAGAUGCUGGCGUCCUUCGCGCCGGAGAAACAGCCAAUGACGACCGAGAAUUUGAAGACAUGUUCCGGAAUAUCUGGGCAGAUAACGCCGAUGUUGUCUCCAAAUCAUACUCGGGAACAGGAGCCCUGAAAACCGACUUCACUCGUACUGGUAAGCGUACACGGGCUGGUGCACUCCAGGAUUUGAACAACUCGAUCACUCGAUAUGUUCGCAACAACUUCCUCGAUGGUCCUCGCCAGGAUGGCUUCGAUGUUUUCUUGGGCACCUACCUGCCAUCAGACUCAAUGGCCGUGAAUAUCCAGCUUUUCUUUGAUCGACGACCCUUGGUGAUCCAGGCUCUCCCCUAUGUGUUCGCGGCGAGCUUGUUCAUGAUUUUAGUUGCCACCUUCACUCGCCAAUUGCCUGACGCUGCUGUCUGGCCCCUCCGUAUCUUCAUGCUGUUCUGGUUCAUAAUCGGUGGCUACUCCCUGAACUUCAUUCACGGGCACGGUAUGCUUUACGUUAACUGGCCCAAGCUCAAUACCCCCAUUGCCGGGGCCGAGGGUUACCAAGAUGCAAUAAUCAAAGCCCGCACUGACCCUAUCAUUGGCCAAUGGCUUCCUUCGAGGCGGCAUCAACGUGGAGUAAGCAAUGCUCGUCUCGUUUUUCUGGAGGAGGGCAAGACGAGAAUUGAAUAA